CUCCUCUCUAUCGCUGACUCGCCGGACUGGGUGACGUUGGACAACAAAGAUGGCGGCGGGAAGCAGUAACUAUUGGGAAGAUCUGAGGAAGCAGGCCAGACAACUGGAGAAUGAACUCGACCUCAAAUUAGUAUCUUUUAGCAAACUUUGCACUAGCUACAGCCACAGCAACUCCAGAGAGGGACGACGCGACAGGUAUAGUUCGGACACAACGCCACUCCUGAAUGGAUCGAGUCAAGAUCACAUGUUUGAAACAAUGGCAGUUGAAAUUGAGCAGCUUCUGGCGAAGCUCACGGGGGUGAAUGACAAAAUGGCAGAAUACAGCAGUACAGCUGGCGUGACCUCAGUAAAUGCCGCACUGAUGCACACAUUGCAGAGACACAGAGAUAUCUUGCAGGAUUACACACAUGAAUUCCACAAAACAAAAGCCAAUUUCCAGGCAAUUCGAGAAAGGGAAGAUCUCAUGGGAUCAGUACGGAAGGAUAUUGAAUCUUACAAAACUGGAUCUGGGGUGAACAACAGGAGAACAGAGUUGUUUUUGAAAGAACACGAGCACCUCAGAAGUUCUGAUCGUCUCAUAGAAGAAACUAUAAGUAUUGCAAUGGCAACAAAAGAAAACAUGACAUCACAGAGGGGAAUUUUGAAAUCCAUACAGAGCCGAAUGAAUACCUUGGCCAAUCGAUUUCCUGCAGUCAACAGCCUCAUCCAAAGGAUUAACUUAAGGAAGCGCCGUGAUUCACUCAUUCUGGGCUCUAUAAUUGGCAUUUGCACUAUCUUGUUGCUGGUCUAUGCUUUCCAUUGACAACAGACUCUGCCCAGACCUGAGGGAGCAGCUAAAGCAGAAUGAAGAGACCAGUUAAAACUGCAGUUCUGCACACACCACCUGUACAUAAGUGAACACGGGGUAUGAAAGGAAAAAAAAAAUGUACAUUUUAUAUUGGCAAUCUUAACUGCUGGCAGCAUCCACGUGUGCUGGUCAGUAGCUGUACAUACUCUAACCAUUAUGUAUAUCCAUAGUGUAUCUGAUGAAUACUAGUGGCUGAUUGAUAUCUGUGUAAUUUCAGACUUGGAAAGGGCACCUUUAGGGAAC